CAGCGGCGUCCCGGGUCUGGCUGCGCUGCCGGCGUCCGAGCGGCGGGGAUGGAGACGUCGCGCUGCCGGCUCGCUCCCCGCGGGGACAGUGCCUUUGAAGAUGAGACUAUGAAGCUUCGCCAGUUGAAACUAGAUAACCAGAGAGCGCUGCUGGAGAAGAAGCAGAGAAAAAAGCGCCUUGAGCCGCUCAUGGUCCAGCCAAAUCCAGAAGCCAGGUUACGUCGGUCAAAGCCAAGAGGCACAGAGGAGCAAACCCCUUUGGUGGAGCCUCAUGCCCUGCGCAGUGAUGUCAUCCUCCACGGUAUUGAUGGUCCAGCUGCUUUCCUGAAGUCAGAUAGUCAAGAUUUGGAAACCAAAAUUCAUGUCCUUUCAGUCGGCUCUUCUGCCACAGAAGAGGAUACUGAAGGGAGUGCUGAUGGGGACAGUGUUCUGGAUCCUGCUCCCAAGCCAGAUCUUCAGGAGAUUCUCCAAAAGCAUGGUAUCUCAGGUAGUUUGAACUUUGAUGAGGAAGAGACUGAUGGAGAAGAAGAAGGAAAAAAGUUAAGAGCUCAUUCUCCACAUUCAGAAGCAGACAGACCCAAUUCUGCAUCCAGCCAGAAGUCAACCACAGAUACAGGCGCUUCCAGUACUGCAGCCCCACAAGCUGAUAACCAGCUGGGAGAAGUGGAGAAUUUAGAGGACUUUGCCUAUAGUCCUGCCCCUCGAGGCAUCACCGUCAAGUGUCGGAUAACCAGGGACAAAAAGGGAAUGGAUCGGGGCCUUUUCCCCACUUACUAUAUGCACUUGGAAAAGGAUGAAAAUCGGAAGAUAUUUCUUCUUGCAGGUCGGAAGCGGAAAAAGAGCAAAACAUCCAACUACCUUAUCUCCACAGACCCAACAGACUUGUCUCGUGAAGGAGAAAGUUAUAUUGGCAAACUCAGAUCCAACCUCAUGGGGACCAAGUUUACAGUUUAUGACCAUGGUGUCAGCCCAACAAAGGCCCAAGGUUUGGUGGAGAAGGCCUACACCCGACAGGAGCUGGCUGCCAUCUGCUACGAAACCAAUGUUCUUGGAUUUAAAGGUCCAAGAAAAAUGUCUGUGAUCAUUCCUGGGAUGAAUAUGAGCCAUGAACGGAUCCCAUUUCGUCCACGAAAUGACCAUGAGAGCUUGCUUUCAAAAUGGCAAAACAAAACCAUGGAGAACUUGAUCGAACUGCACAACAAGGCCCCGGUCUGGAAUGACGACACCCAGUCUUACGUCCUGAACUUCCACGGCCGCGUCACGCAGGCGUCUGUGAAGAACUUCCAGAUUGUCCACGGAAAUGACCCGGAUUAUAUAGUCAUGCAGUUUGGACGUGUGGCAGAUGACGUGUUCACACUGGACUACAAUUACCCGCUGUGUGCACUUCAGGCCUUUGCCAUCGGACUCUCCAGCUUUGACAGCAAGCUAGCGUGUGAAUGAGCCAGCUGCGGUGCCUGUCUUCUCCGCGCAGGCCUUUCCAGAGCAGCAUGGCCUCCCUCGCUCUUGCCCCAGGACAUGAAGAGUGGCAGCCCACCCUGUUCCGUGUAAUCCUGGAAAGGAGUGUGUGUAUGUGUGUACACACGUGUUUGUGUGUGCAUACAUGCAUACGCACACACGUACACACUCCUCUCUGGGUUUCACAGCUUAAUGUGGGUGAGAUGGUCAAGGCAGAGACACUUGUCCAGAGCACACUGGUAACGUCCUCACAUUAAUUGCCCCACAGAUUCCCUGCCCCAAGGUCAGAUUUCCUCUGCUUGGAAACUUGCAGCUAGAAUCAGGUUUUAACAAUUAAAUAUUCGGAUCAUUUUUUGAAGACCUUUUCAGAGAGGUUCUCUAAAUUGCCCCUAGUCUCUAGGUUUGCAAACUUCUGUAAAGGACAGAUGGUCUCUCUCAUGGUAACUUGGCUCUGCCAAUGUAGCAUGAAAGCGGCCAUAGACACAUGAGUGCGGCUGUGCCCCUGGAAACUUCAUUGAUGAAACCAGGAGGCAGGCCUGAUGGGCCUGUGGGCCAGAGUAUACCCGCUCCAGGUUCAUCUCCAAAGAUGCUUGACAUCUCCCCAAGAGGGUCUGUGGGUGUGAGACCACACUGGUGGGAAGUGGACUAUGAUGAUAUUUCGAGUAUCUUCUACUGUCACAGCCAGGAGAACCCAAAGUCAGUGAGCAUUCUGAGCCACACAGUUGGCUUCGUUUGUCUUUCUUACUCACUUGCCCAUGAAGAGGCAAUGCCAUCCAGUGCCUAAGAGGAGAACUUAACUCACCAGGAAACAAGCCUGGAGUUGUGUUCUCCAGGUGGUAUCUGUUUGAGAACUGACUUGCUUUCCCCACGGGUCUUGGGAGGUACUGAUGUCACAGCCCCGUCUCCCCCCCCACCCCACCCCAGUAGGUUGCCUGGCACUAAUCUCACAGUGCCUGUGGCCAAAUUUGUGAUCCGUCACUUAAGGAUUUUAUAUUGAUAAUUGUCUUAAUUUCAGAGAAGGCUGGAAAGCAUAAAUUCUCUAGGCACCUUAGUCUAGUGAAGACAGUAAUUUGACACUUGCCUUCAUUUUCAACCCAGGAGUGCCUCCCACACUGUAACCAUGGAGCCAUUAGUAUAGCGGGACACACACCUGUAGUGUGUGUGCGAGUGAGAACAUCAUAUGUCAACACUGUCAUUGUCAUCAAUACUGGUGGUGGGAGAGCUUUGGUGCAGACCAGUGGGCACUUGAGCUCUGCCAACCUUGUAGGGCAGUGCCCUGGCCUUGCUCCUUGACUUACUAUUACCAGCUCCCUGAAGCCUGGUGCAGAUUAUGCUCCUGUCACUUCCUCAGAUCAUGCGAUAUUUGCCCCAUCCUUCAAUUGCUAGCACCUCCCAGCAGAGCCUGUGACUCUACCACCAGUUCAUGGUCUCAGAAUGUACCUGAAUCUUGAGGCUCGAAGAACUUCGUCAGUUCUAGCCUUUGAGCACCGAGCUGUUUGCCAGCAUGUGGCAAAAAAUUGAUGGCUGUUCACCCGUUACAUUUCCCUUCAAGGACUUUGUUUUUCGCCCCUGCUUCUGGUUACUUGUUUCACAUCAAACAGCAGUGUGAAGGGAAGAGACCCGGAAGAGACAGAGACCCUCUGCUCACCCUCUGGAGUGCCCUCCCUGCUUCCUUUUGAUAUGAUCAGUUUCCAUCUCAGGCAUGCGCCCCAUCAAGUGCCUCAUUCAUAGAAGUGCCCGCAAGCCUUUCAGGCCUCCAGUGCCACUGUCUGCAUGGGCUGUCGAAUAAGCUGCCUCAUCGAAAACAGAAAGCUGUUCGCUCAUCUCCAGCCGCAGUAUACGACAGCGUCCGGAGACAGGGAUCUGACGGGGCAACUGGAUCCUAUCCUGCUCCCUCCUGUGCUCUCUGACUUGGAGAGAUACAGACCCUAGCUUCAUAAACUCUCUGCUUAAGCGUGCAGGUGACUGGUUUUAUAUAAAUCAUAUUUAUACCUUUUGUAUG